AUGAAACGCAUAACUUUGUGUAUUCUUAUCGCCAUAAUCGCUGUUCUUGCUACUUUUGCUUCGGCAGAUACAUUUAAUGAUGAACUUUCACUCCAAGAUAUUGCUCCCGAAAAAUACGGACUUAAUCCAACACCUGAAGACUCUCCCUACCAGCCAACUUAUCAAGAAUCUGAUGUUGAAGAGGUCCCGAGUGGAGAAGAUUCUGAAAGCGAUGAUAUUGAAACUUCACAAAUGGUAAAGCACAGAAAAUUCAGAGAGUGUAUUUGGAAAUGUAGAUACACUGCAAGUAUUUGGACCAAUUUUUGGCCUUUGAAACAAUGUGUUGUCAAAUGUAUAACUAUUGUUAAUCCAAGAAUCAGAUUUGGUAUGCGUGGAUUAAGAUCUUUUGGUGGUCAAAGAGAGUUAAGAAAUUGA